CAACAAGACUGAAUCAGUGAUCCUGUUCACACCUGACUGAGAGAUCCUGAAAGAAACUGCACAAGGACGGGGAGGAAACAUGAUCCAACCCAUCGGAGCGCCCUCACCAGCCGCAGAGGCUGCACGACGCAAUUCUGAGAAAGCGCAAAUUCAGGACAUCACAGAAAGAUUCAGGAACUAUAUAAAAGACGUAAAAAUAUUGAGAGACCAACUAAAACAGGCUGAUGCCGCUUCCUCGGUCCAGCAUCUCCAGAAUGAGAUUAUUUCCAUCCGGAAUAUGUACGAGCAGGAGAUUGGAAACCUGCGGGAAAAGCUGGAACAGAAUUAUAGGGCACAGGACAGUGAUGGCUUCACCGCGACUCUAGCCUCAGAGUAUCAGAAUAGAAUUUGGGAAAUGAACAGAGACAUUCUGAAAAAAGAUGAGGACAUCCGAGCGCUGCAGGUACUGGUGGCACAGAAGGAGUCAGAAGUGCAAGCGUUAAAGGGCGCCGCCAUAUCCCCAAGUAUACAGCUAGAGAUGACCAAACAAGAGCUGGGGGAAUUACAGAGGAACAUUGUGAUGGCUCAGGAAAAAUACGAAGAAGAGUUUUCGCAGCGUUUCACCCUUGAGGACACGAUCAGGGAGCUGACACAACAGACAGAGCAGCUGAAGUACAAUCACAUGAAGGAGUCCCAGGCACUGAGGGCCCAGGUUGCCCAGUCUGAGGCCCUGGUCCUCCAGCUAGAAGACAAGCUGCGGAGGCUGAGCCACGGGGGCCCGGCCCUGAUGGAGACCGUGCAGAAGAUCCAGGAGGCCAGCGAGGCCGAAGUGAAGAGGCUGCAGGACGAGACGGAGAGCGCCUAUAGCCAGACUCUGCUGGAGCUUCAGAUGCGACUGCACAACGAUCAGAUCCUGCUGGGCCAAGCGCAGGAAGACAACGAGCGACUGCUCCGGAGGGCGGAAGAAUUAACCUCCCAGGUGACAUCUCUGGAGAAGAAGCUUUUCUCUGAAGAAUCCAACAACAGGACAUUGAUGGAGAAGAUGGAGGCCGAACAGAUGAGAGGCCGGCAGCACAUUGAGGCCCUGGAGGCCCGGCUGGAGGAGCUGCAGGAUCUUCUCUUGGCCAAAAUGAAAGAGCUGAAGACCUUCCAAGAAACCAAUGUAUCCUUGAGGAAUGAACUUGAUGUCCUGAAGUCCAUGUUGGAGGAAGAAGAACACCGGAUGACCGCCAGCUCGCUGCACCCUCUGUACCGCCCACCGUCCUCCACACAUCUAUUGUCAGACUCUUUCCAGUCACCCAUCUUCAACACUUUACCGGGUUACACAAAGACCAAUGACCUGGUGUCUGAAUUACGCCCCUCGGAUCCCAGUAGAACAUCCGGCAGCGCAACCACAUCAGACGGGAAGGAGGAAAAACCUGAUCUACAGUUUCCUGAAGAAGAAGAAGGUCAACGCAUUGAAGAGCAAGUGAAGAGGCCGCACACUGCACCUUUCCUGAGCUCCACGGCUUCAGACCUUAGCAAAAGACAAAGCUCUUUUGCUUCCAUGGUGGAAAACAAUGCGUAUCCUCAAGUGAUCAAGAACACUGAGUCCUUGACUGGCCGUGGCAACAAAGCGGCUGUAUCCAGUGCCCUUGGAAACCUGGAAAUCACAGAAGUUCAUCCUGGAGGAGAUUUUGUGAGAAUUGUGAACCAAGCUCUUGAUAAAGAAGAAGACAUUGGAGGUUUCCUUCUGCAACAGAACAUUUGUGGACAUCCUGUGUCCAUCUACCGCUUUCCACCAAAAUCCAGAGUCAUGGCGAGCUGUGAAGUGACUGUUUGGGCCUCCGCAGCCGGUGUCCCCCAUAACCCUCCUACUGACUACCUUUGGAAAGAACAGACCAAAUUUGUGACGGAACCAAAGUGCACAACCAUAUUGUGUAACCGGAAUGGUCAAGCCAUGGCUUGGUUUACUCCUUUAAGGGAAAAAAAUAGAAAAUCAUUAGAAAAAUACGAGGUUUCCAAAUCUGAAGCUAAAUUCCUUUCAUCUGAAUUAAUACAUGAGCCAAGUCCUACAGACAGAGAGACCCCCGCUGAUGGGAGGAGCCGAUCGCCCAAGUCACCACCUGUUUAUGGUAAACCGGAGAGAGAACCGCGUCUACUGAGAAGAGAGAAGAUCCCACCUGUGGUCCUUCCAGCUACAUCGAGCCCGUGGACACAGAGUACAGCCUCCCCCACCCACCCUGACUACAACCCUGACCACAUUGUGUUGUUGGGAAGUAAAGAAAACAACCUGUGCCGCCAGACAAGGUCUCAGACUGCCAGAACAGCGCCCCCUUCAGAUGUUCUGAGCGCAGAGCAGAGAAAUGGUAAAGAUGGAAAUGAACUCCAAAGGCGCAGGAACUACAGGGGGCCCAUCCGGUCAGCAGGGCCUAAUUCCAGAGGAGUCCUGUAUCUGGGAUACUCCUCGCCCGCUGGGUCCGUUCUACAGAAAUACUUUGCCAACUCCUCAUAUAACAUCAGGUUGGCGAGCCAAGUGUCUCUCGCCCCCACAAUCCUGUCCAGCGUCUGAUGAGAUGACAACACUGAAGACUUUAUACUAUUACUGAUGUCUCCCAGCAAAACUACAACUCUCAGCAUGUUCCAUCACCUUUCAGACCCCUCCAGCUCCAUCUGUAUACUGCUGCUAUCUCUAUGGGACAGGAUAUAUACAGUGGUCCCUCAACAUACGAUGGUAAUCCGUUCCAAAUGGACCAUCGUAUGUUGAAACCAUCGUAUGUUGAGGGAUCCGUGCAAUGUAAAGUAUAGGACAGUGGUCCGCAGGUUGAAGACCACUGGUAGAGGAAGUUGUACUCACCUGUCACCGCCGCUCCGGACCGUCACCGCUGCCCUGGAUGUCGCCCUCCAUCGCUGUCGCCGCGUCCCCGGGGUGUCCCUGAUGCUCCGGCAAGGCCUUUGCUUCCCCGACAUCCUCGCUCUCCAUCGCCGCCAUCACGUCGCUACGCACGCCGCUACUAUAGGAUGACGGGACGGCGUACGCAGCGACGUGAUGACGACGAUGGAGAGCGCCGACGAUGCAGAGGAUCCAGAAGAGGACGCGCCGGAGCCCCGAGGACAGGUAGGAGACCCUCACCGGAGAACAAGGGGCACCGUAAACGGCUAUCCGGGGGCAGCUGAAGCAGUCUGCGCUGUAGGAUAGCCGUUUAUGCGAUGGCCCCGACAUACAAAAGCAUCGUAUGUUGAUGCUGCCUCUGAGAGGCCAUCGUAUGUUCAAAUGAUCGUAUGUCGGGGCCAUCGUAGGUCGGGGGUCACUGUAGUAGUUAUAUACCUCCCCUCCAGUUCUAUCCGUAUACUGCUGCUAUCUCUAUGGGAUCAGGAUAUAUAGUAGUUAUACUCCUCCCCUCCAGCUCUAUCUGUAUACUGCUGCUAUCUUUAUAGGAUCAGGAUAUAUAGUAGUUAUACACCUCCCCUCUAGUUCUAUCUGUAUACUGCUGCUAUCUCUAUGGGAUCAGGAUAUAUAGUAGUUAUACACCUCCCCUCCAGCUCUAUCUGUAUACUGCUGCUAUCUCAAUGGGAUCAGGAUAUAUAGUAGUUAUAUACCUCCUCUCCAGCUCUAUCUGUAUACUGCUGCUAUCUCUAUGGGAUCAGGAUAUAUAGUAGUUAUAUACCUCCUCUCCAGCUCUAUCUGUAUACUGCUGCUGCUAUCUUUAUAGGAUCAGGAUAUAUAGUAGUUAUACACCUCCCCUCCAGUUCUAUCCGUAUACUGCUGCUAUCUUUAUAGGAUCAGGAUAUAUAGUAAUUAUACACCUCCCCUCUAGCUCUAUCUGUAUACUGCUGCUAUCUUUAUAGGAUUAGGAUAUAUAGUAGUUAUACACCUCUCCUCUAGCUCUAUCUGUAUACUGCUGCUAUCUCUAUGGGAUCAGUAUAUAUAGUAGUUAUACACCUCCCCUCCAGCUCUAUCUGUAUACUGCUGCUAUCUCUAUGGGAUCAGGAUAUAUAGUAGUUAUAUACCUCCUCUCCAGCUCUAUCUGUAUACUGCUGCUAUCUCUAUGGGAUCAGGAUAUAUAGUGGUUAUAUACCUCCUCUCCAGCUCUAUCUGUAUACUGCUGCUAUCUCUAUGGGAUCAGGAUAUAUAGUAGUUAUAUACCUCCUCUCCAGCUCUAUCUGUAUACUGCUGCUGCUAUCUUUAUAGGAUCAGGAUAUAUAGUAGUUAUACACCUCCCCUCUAGCUCUAUCUGUAUACUGCUGGAGGCACCCUGGUUGACAAAUUCUGCUUUAUAGGGAAUGUUUUGUUAUUUUACAUUUAAAUGUAACAUUCUGUACUAAAUUAUUUUUAAUAUCUCUUAAUAACAUAACGACCCAUCCAGAGACACCCGUCUGUAGACAAACUGUUCGAUGGCAUGAAGUAGGGACCUGGUUGGUGCGAUGCCUUUGAUGCCGCUCUAGAAAUCAUUGUCCUGCACUUUGUCUACAUUCCAAAUGGCCGACACUAAAUACAAAGACUUCUCUCUCUACAGCAGUGUUUCCCAACCUGUGCGCCUCCAGCUGUUGCAAAACUACAAUUCCCAGCAUGCCCAGACAACCUUUGGCUGCCCGGCAUGCUGGUAGAUGCUGGAGGCUCACUGGUUAGGAAACACUGCUCUACAGUAUGUCCCUGUAGUCUGUUCAGAUGGCAGUAAAAAAAAGGAAAAUAAAAUAAAAUCUGCAUUCUACUAAAUAUCACCAGUGGGAGACAAAGUACAAACUGCAAGUCUCUAAAAAUUACAUGGACAUGCAAGGCCUCAGGAUGGAAACAAUAGAAUCAUUUUGCAUUUGACAAAGGUUUAUUGUAUUUAAUAAAAUAUGUAAAUAGGAAAAAUAUUUUCUUUCCUUAUUUUUAUAUGAAGUCACCUGGGUUUGGUUUUGCUCCGCUUGUCCCUGUCACAUACAUCAUACAGACUCCUGUGUUACUAAGUUAUAGGAGUCUUCAUAGGAUUAUAAAUAUAAAAAGCUGCUCAUUCGUGGUGUCUGGUGUUCAUGGGAGGGGAGCUUAGCUGCAAUACCGGAUGCAGUCACAUGAGGGCAUUGUGUCUUUUUUACCGUGUACAGCAAGAUGUCAAACUCAAAGGCCAACAAUGGGCCAAAAAAACAAGGUUUAAGUUUAUGUGGGCUGCAUAAAAAUAUAUAUAUAUAUAUAU